AUGACGGCAGGGGCAGCUACAGUCCUGGGGAGGGCCCUUCUCGCCGAUGGCGUCGAGGCGAAGCUGCCUACACGCGGCGCGACAACCGACGCCCCCUGGGGCCGAGCGCUUCUCCUGCGAGGCAGAGCAGGAGCCGUGGAGGCUCCUCGAUUCGACGAAGCACCAGUCGGAAAAAGCGCUUUGGCAGGAGUGCGAGCGGCGGGAGACGCGGCAGCAGCCCUUCGCUCCGCAGAGGCGGCUUGCGGCCAUGCUCGCCUCGUGCACCUGUCGAGAGGAGUACUGCCUCCCUCCGGAGGCGUCGCGUUGUGGAUCGCCGCAGCACCAGCGCGUGUCUCGAUAGGUCGAGGCACCCGUUCCGAAAGAGCCACACACCAGUCUCCCCGCGGAGCUCUGAGGGCCGUCGCAGCCGGUGCGAAGAGAGGGCGUCCACCAGCCAGUCUCGGCGGGAGACUGGGAGGCACCGAGCAUCUGGAAGGCACGUGUAUGCAGCAGCAGCAGCAGCAGCAGCAGGAGUCCUAGUGUUCGGGGAGGCACGCUGGUGGGGCGAGUGCUGCACAAAGAACAGACAGCAGACGAGGCAGCAGUAGCAGCGUGAAGGCGUCUGACGCUGCAGCGCGGUCGGCCUGUGAGGCGGUAGAGGGGUCCCCCAAGGAUGAGCGUGAAGCAGCAGAAGAAGGUUUCAAGAGCGAAGAGCGGGAGGCAGUUCAGAAGGAAGAGGUGCCUGCACUUGGAGCUGAGGAGGGUCGCAAAGUUUCCAAGUGGAAGAGUCGUUGGGGAAUGGCCGCCCCUCAGGCUCCGAAGCCUGUGGAGGAGGGCGGAUUUUCGGCUGCAGCGACAGCAGGAGCUCAAGUUGUUGAGUCGGAAGCAGCAGAUUCUAAGAGCUUCGCUGUUGGUAGUGCCACUGUGUCGGGUGGAGAGGCUUCUGGACUAGCUGCCGACAGCAGUCGCGCUGCGGAGAAGUAUUUGGGCUUUUUGGAGGCGAAGCCGAAGAUCAAAAUCGUGCUGUCUCGUUCAGCACAGCAGCAGCAGCCACGACAUCUGCGUGGUGGGGCAGUCCAGGGAGACGCGGACGAAGUUUCAGCUGCAGCCCUGGCGGAGGCAUACCUGCUGGCGGCUGCGGAGAGUGAGGCAGCAGGAGCAUUGCCGCCUCCCCUGCCCGCCGAGACGGAGAAGAAGAGUCUUGUAGGUCGUCCUCCUGGCGGAGUUGAUUUGGGAGAAGAGGCGGUGGAGGAAGAAUCGGAGGAUGCUCCUGAUGGUGCCUUGGCAAGAGGAGGAGCACGGGACGGUGUGGCAGCGGCAGAAGCCUCGGAGGGGAGGGAUUCAGAGAUCGAAGACGAUGCAGACGCGCUGCCGACAUGGCGCAGGCCUAAGCCACCUUCCAUUCCAGUUGCUGAUCGGGAUGCCUCUCCAGCCAGGAGCUCCGGCAGUUCGCGUGGUUCCCCUGCCGUUCCCCUUGCGCUGGCUCUCGAGGCUCACAGGCUCAACGAGGGGAAGUCGGGGGGAGGGGCGGGGAUAGCAGCAGCAGCGGCAGACAGCUUAGAUGAAGGUUCCGAGGGCAGUAGAUCAGGUGGCUGCAACAGCGGCGGCAACAUGUUCAAGAGGAGGCGGAUCGGGAAGGACGGGCUCAGCAGAAGGGGGGCCGAUGGCGGCGGAGCAGGAGCAGGAGCAGGAGCAGGAGCAGUAGCGGUCAAAACAGCCACCGGAGUCUUAGCCCCAGAGGUCCUCGGAGACGACGUCGGAGCAGCAGCAGGGAGGGGUUUAGAGGGAGGCCUGAUAGUCGACGCUCGCCUCCGAGUCACCCCGCAAGAGGCUACCGCGGAGACAGCAGGGAAAGAGGCAGGGGUGGCUACUAUCAGCAGCAGCACCACAGAGCUGCUCCUAGAUCCAGAGGGGGGGGCGAUCACUGGAGGGGGGAGAAGGAGUGGCCGUGGAGAGACUCUUCGAGGCGUUUCGACGACAGGAGAGACGGGGGGCGCUCGUGGCGACGGUGCGAAGACGAGGAUUUGGGCAUGGAUUACGGAGAGGGAAGGCGAAGCCUCAACAGCGGGGAGCGUGGUUAUAGGGGCUUUCGUCGGUAUGACGAAGCUCGUCCUCCUUACCGGGAGGCUCGAGACAGCCGCAUGCAACGCCGGCAGCGCAGCCGCAGCUCCGAGGGUGUGGCCUACAAGAGGGGCCAAGGGUCCCGAGAGUCGCUCCCACGAGAAGAUUCUGUGUCUGCUCAGCGACGAGUUUGUCGCCUCGGCUUCAAGAAGGUCCUCGGAAACGAGGCGCUACUGCAAACUUCCCCCAAGGGAGUCUGAGGGCUCACCGGGUGCAGUCCAGCGUUCCCCAACACCGAAUGACAGACGCAGGGAUGCGCGAGCUGCAGAACGAAGGGAGAGACGGGACCGUAAACGCAGGAGUCGAUCCGUGUCAAGCUCUGAGAGGAGGCCUGCCGGGGUAAAGAGGCCUCCAAGAGGCUCGGUUUCCCCCCCGAGGUCUCUCUCGCAAAAACAUGGAGUCUCACGUAGCGGGGAGCGUGGGGUACAGCGUGCAAGGCAGGAAAUCCCCCCGAGGGGGCAGUCUAGCAGACUUCGUGGACCGUCUCCUGCUCCUCCUUUGCGUAGGCGCACAUUUUCCAGGGAGAGGCGUGCCUCUGUCACAAGGAAGAGACAUCGGAGCCGCUCUUCCUCGAUAGCGGAAAAGCGGUCUGCUAGCAGAUCCGUAAGCCGUCGCUCUGUGGACGUUGCGGCAGAGGGAGCCUCUGAAAAGCAUGCUCAAGGCCGGCAUCUUGUGCAGCGUCACUCCAAAAGCCCAGAGCCGCUGCGUUCCCACUCCCCAGAAGGGGGCCUACGAGGCAAGGCUAGCUACAGGGAGUCUCCCUAUAAGAGGAGCAGAUACGCCCCCUCUGGUUCGCCUCCUGGUGCAAGGCCCGUAAGACGCUCUAGGGAAGCGGACAGGAGACGGGAGGCUUACGGAAGGCGCUUAGGAGAUGAUACCGACUACGGCUACGCAAAAGAUAGGGGGUACAGGGGAGGCUCCGGCAGACCACGCGGUCGUUAUAGAGACCCUUCAAGGGCCCGCAGCAGUAGAAGUGCAUCAUGGGGCAGGCGCAGCUGGGAACGGCACAGAGGCUACUAG